ACCCACCGUUGUCACAUAUAGCUCGAUGAUUCAGGGCUUGUGCGAUUUCGGUAGAUGGAAAGAGGUUAAAGACUUAUUGAAUGAAAUGGUCAAUCACAAGAUCUCGUUAGAUGUUGUUACUUUUAGUAUAUUGGUGGACGCAUUUUGCAAAGAAGGAAAUGUUAAAGAGGCAGAGGAUGUUUUGAAAAUUAUGAAGCGACAAAAUAUUAGUCCUAAUAUUGUCACGUACAAUGCACUGAUAGAUGGGUAUUGUUUGCAAGGGAAAAUGGAUAGAGCGAAAGAAGUUUUUGAUUCCAUAACGGGCAGCGGCCUUAAGCCAUCUAUUAUCAGCUAUAACUCUUUAAUCAACGGAUAUUGCAAGAAUGGAAAAGUUGAUGAAGCGUUGCGUCAUUUUCACGAAGUUACUUCUAAAGGUUUAGAGCCCCACACGGUUACCUAUAACACUAUGAUACAUGGAUUAUUAAGUGAAGGCAGAAUUGCUGAUGGAUGGAAACUUUAUAAAGAUAUGGAAACUCGGCAAGUAUACCCUAAUUUAUGCACUUGCAAUAUUUUGUUGGAAGGCUUGUGCAAGACUCAUCAGAUUGCCGAAGCAUUUUCGUUUCUACGGGCGAUGGAAGAUAAAGGAGUAAGCCCUAAUAUAAUCACAUACGGUGUCCUGAUUAAUGGUUUGUGCAAAGAUGGGAAACUUGAAGAUGCGAAAAAGCUUUUAAACGAACUUCCUUCCAAAUGGUUGAAACCUAAUAUUAAAAUAUAUGUUGUCAUUAUUCGUGCACUUUGUGAAGAAGGGUUUGUAGACGAGGCAAAAGAUUUGCUUAUAAAAAUGGAGAGAAGUGGUUGCGCACCGGAUAGCAUGACAUACAACAUCAUUAUUUGUUGCUUGUUGAAGAAGAAAGAACUUUACAAGGCAGUGCCAUUCUUAGAGGAAAUGCACAAAAGGGGAUUCUCGGCCGACGCAUCUACUUCGUACAUGUUAAUUAGUCGCCUGCAAGAAUCUGAGGAAGAUGAUAUUCUGAUGGAAAUUAUUAAGAAAGUUGUACCAAAAAUAUAAAUUAUAUAUUCGAGCUUCUAAAAUUAAGUAAGGUUUUGCUAUGUCUUAAAUGACUUGUUAUCUUUUCCUCUUUUUUUCGUUGUCCUUAUAUUUCUUGUUCAUAUCUUCUCUCU